CUUUUUUAAAAAACAUGUCAAAUAUCAUGACAUCGCUGAGUGGUUAUAGUAAUUGCGACAAAAUAGCUCAACAUUUGAUAGAAACUAUAAAACUAUUUUACGUGUUUGACGACUGUCGCGGUCCAAACCUGUUGUUUGUUACCAAUGACGACAAAGUCUACGCUCUGGGAUCCAAUCAAUACGGGUCGCUAGGUUUGGGUCACAAACAACAGAUCGUUGAACCGGUAUGUGUGCCUGAGCUCAGUGGCCAACAGAUACAACAGUUUGUCAACGGCUCGACAUUUGCUAUGGCCAUUACCGGCAAUCAUCAGGUAUUUGGUUGGGGACUCAACAGUUUAGGACAGUUGGCCCGGAAUCGUACAGAACCUACUGUUUAUCUAAAACCCGAUAAAGUUAUCUUUCCCGAAGACAGCGCGUCAAUAGUUCAGUUAAGUUGCGGCCAAUCGCAUGUACUGGCAUUGACAACCGAUGGAAAUGUAUACGCGUGGGGUAGUAACAAUAGAGGACAGUUAGGUUGCGGACUGUCAAUGAAAGUAACAACAAUAUCGGAUAAGCCAAUCAAAGUUUCGUUUAGACUCGACAACGAUCUCAAUAUCAAUUUGAUUUAUUGUACACAAAUGUCUUCCUUCGCCAUAACCGGCGGCGUCGGCGACGGUAAGGGUCGGGUAUAUAGUUGGGGUGACAAUAAUUAUCAUCAAUUAGGACAUAGACACGAGUCAUCGUUGGCCAGACCUAAGUUGAUAAAAAAGUUAAAACACGUUCACUGUGUUUGCUACUCGUGGUCGGCGGGUGUCACCUAUUUUCUGACCAAACGAGGAAAGUUGUAUUAUUGUGGUGGAGGUAGUAAGGAAGUCAACGGUUCACUAUCGGUGGUAUCGGUGAUACAUCCAAAAUUGAUCAAAUCUAAUCUAGCUGGUUCAUCAUUGAAAUUUUCUACCAUGUACCAUUUACAAUCGUAUCAACGUCAAGAGUCGUUCAUAAAUCUAGUGACGGAUAAUAAAAUUUAUUGUCUAAUAAAUGGUACGGAUAUUUCAGAAACCGAUUUCAAUAAUAUCCGGGAUUAUUAUAGACAAAGAUGUCGUAUGACUUUUGAAACUUACAAAUACGUACAUAAUUAUGAUAAUGGAGCAUUUGGACAGGUAUUUAAAGUUAGACAAAAAUCAGAUAACCGUCCGUUUGCUAUCAAAACUAUUUUGUUAGAAGAUUUUUCCGAUGAAACCAAACAAAAGGCAUUACAAGAAGCUCAGGGGUUGGCAAAUGUCAAAUCCAAAUACGUUGUCGACUACCGAAACUCGUGGAUUGAAGACAAUCAGCUGUACAUUCAGAUGGAGUAUUGUAGUACAACUCUUGCAGAUCUACUGCAAAUGAGAUCAAACAUAUUCAACAGAUCCAGUGAUCAAACCAUGGAUUCGCUGGAGUUUUAUAUGUCGUGCGAAUUGUUUAAGGAAGUACUCGAAUGUGUCCAUUAUAUACAACAUGAAAAUAUCAUUCAUCGGGAUCUUAAACCAGAAAAUUUUUUGUUUGCCGACAUUCAUCAACAACUAUCGGCACAAUAUCUCCGAUUGGGUGACUUUGGUAUAGCUAUCGAAGCUAACAGUUUACAGAUAGCAGCCGGUACUCCCAAAUAUAUGGCACCGGAAAUUAGUAGGGGUUUGAAAGCUACACUAAAAUCGGAUAUCUAUAGUGUAGGCUGUAUUGGUCAGGACUUGUUUGAUAUAUGUCUGACUGAUUCAAAUCGUAUUGGAAAAUACAAGGAUCACCAGUUGUGCAGUUAUUUUCUAGAACUUAAUAAACAUUUGUCACAAAUGGUUGUACAGGUGCCUAAAAAACGGCCGGAGCUCAAGACAGUUUUGGAAAUGCAUGAAAAAUGGUCACCCGAUAAUGUUUUUGUUAAAAAUGAUGAUAACUUUUCCAAUAGAUUAGAUACUAUUGAACAGUUAGAUAGUGGAGGUCUAUGCUAUGACCUAUUUUUGUUUUCGGCCUAA